AUGAAACCGCUGCUUGUGAAAAAGUUCAUCAACAACAGGUUUGAGCUGAUUCGCCCUAUAAGUGGCGGCAGCGAAGGCAGUGUAUACAUAGCCAGAGACCACCACACAGGAAAAGAACUAGCCAUAAAGCUCUAUCAUGAGCCAUCGGGCCAUAAAUCGUAUCAUCGUGAGGUCAAUGGGUACCGCUACCUAGCCGGACUCAUGGGUGUCCCGAAGUUCUACUGGGCAGGACAAGAUCAACGAUACCAUGCCACGGCCAUUGAACUCCUGGGGCCCAGCCUGGCCCAUCUGUGGCGGGACUGUGGGCGCAGAUUCUCCCUGAAGACUGUACUAUUGCUGGCAGAUCAGUUGAUAUGUCGGUUUCAGGAGCUCCAUUCGAGAAACUGUGUCCACCGAGAUAUUAAGCCAGAGAACCUUCUUAUAGGAGUUGGGAGGAAGGCGAAUAGGGUCUAUGUGGCUGAUUUGGGUUUUGUCAAGAGGUAUAGUGCACUGAGUGACCGUCAAAUUUUGAAGCGGGAGCGUCAUGAUAGGCGUGAAUGCGAGAAGAAUCCUGGGAUUGGCGUGGGCUUGCAGGGGACAGAGGUAUAUGCUGCUUGGCGGGCGCAUUAUGCGAAGCCACAAUCACCCCGCGAUGAUAUGGAAAGCCUAGGAUACGUGCUUGUUCGCUUCCUCAAAGGCCACCUUCCGUGGGAGAGACUUUGGGCAUCAGCCUGUACAGACUUGGAGAGACAGAUAGCCGUGGCUGAGAUGAAGCGCAAUAUACGUACCGAAACGCUUUGCAAAGGCCUGCCAUCAGCGUUCAAUUUAUACUUCCUGCAUAUCUUGUUGAAGGCGACACCUGACUACACCUAUUUGCGUGAGAUCUUCCUGAGACUGUUUCGGCGUGAAGGGUUCAAAGACGACCAGAUAUAUGACUGGACGUUCAAACAAGAGGCGGAGCUUCUGCGGCAGCAUUGUAAUAACAGGCUUAAGGAACAGGUGAAAAAGUUUCUAUAG